CAUUCCUGACCACCGAACUGUGAUAUUUUUAUCCUUUCUCAAUGAUUUGUUUCCCUUUUUUCAUUUUUUUUGGAGUUUGUUUCCUAUUAACCUUGCAAACUCGUAUUUUAUUUCUUAUGCUGCAUGCGUUGAAUGACAAAUUUUUUUUUGGUUACAGUGUAGUACUUUAUAGGUGUUUCUAUGUGGAAAAAAGUGCAAUAAAUGUUCCACUGAGCUGGUGCCUAAUCUAUUAGCUUAUUAUGAAUAAACGUUGUUAUAAGGUAUAGUACCAAAAUUACAUCGAUAUUGUAUUCGUGCACAUUUACUGGAGGUCUCUUCAUGUGUUAGACAUAGUAUGUACAAAGAGAGAGGGAAACUGUUUGUAACCAUGUCGUCAUUGCGCUGUUAUUGCUCCAGCAUUAUGUGGCUUGCUUAUGCGAAGGUGAAUAUGUAUCUCUUCUACAAGGGCAGUAAUCUUUCUUCAUUGCCUAGUGCUCUUGUGUAGUUGCACACAAUGCAUGUAAGGUUUUCAUUGCCUCUUUUUUGUCUCUGUGGUUUUGCAGGUUCCUUGUCUUCGGCCUCCCGUGAGGCGUAUCAUUCACUUGUGGCCGUACGAGGCAGACUGCAUUCGUGUCGUCAGUGCAGCUAUGCGACCAAGAACAAGGCCUUCAUGCAUAGACACCUCUUCAAACACACGGGCGAGCGCCCCUUCCAGUGCCACCUGUGCCCAGCUGCAUUUUCUCGGAAAGCGAACGUCAAAAGACACAUUCGUACGCACACAGGAGAUCGUCCAUUUUCCUGUGACCAGUGCAGUGUGUCAUUUUCACAGAGGGGGAGCCUCAUUAGGCACAUGCGCACCCACACAGGAGAACGUCCCUUCUCUUGCAGACACUGUAAUACAUCAUUUUUACGGAAAGACCAUCUUGUAAAACAUGUGUACUGUCAGCAUACAAGAAAUUUUGCAGGUUCCUUGUCUUCGGCCUCUCGUGAGGCGUAUCAUUCACUUGUGUCCGUACGAGGCGGACUGCAUUCGUGUCGUCAGUGCAGCUAUGCUACCAAGAACAAGGCCUUCAUGCGAAGACACCUCUUCAAACACACGGGCGAGCGCCCCUUCCAGUGCCACCUGUGCCCAGCUGCAUUUGCUCGGAAAACGAACCUCAAAAGACACAUUCGUACGCACACAGGGGAGCGUCCCUUUUCCUGUGACUGCUGUAGUGCAUCGUUCUCCCAGCAACAUAUCCUCAUGAAUCACAUGCUCACACACACUGGGGAGCGUCCAUUUCCUUGUGAACAGUGUAGUGCAUCAUUUUCACAGAAGGCGACCCUCACUGCCCACAUGCGCACCCACACAGGGGAGCGUCCCUUUUCCUGUGACUGCUGCGGUACAUCGUUCUCACUGAGCAAUACCCUCAGGGAUCACAUGCACACACACACAGGAUAUCGUCCGUUUUCCUGUGACCAGUGCAAGAACCUGUCAUCUGUGGCCGACAUCAUGAAGCACUGCCAUACCUUUGAAGCACUGAAGAUGUGCCGUAUAGCGCCGAAAUCGGGCCGCUUGGCUAAUGUGCCGACAGCAGCUUGCGUCGACGCCAACCCUCCAUCUGACCUGUCAUCGACAAUACGACAGAUAUUCCGGAAAAAGCUUCUGUGGUGCCGUGAAAUGAGCCAUUUCAGCAGUGAUGACUACUACCAAGGCAACCAGCCUUGA